GUUGGUGGCCUGUUCUUCCAAUCGGAUCGAUUCUGUUACAAUAAAUCAUUAAAAAAUCUUAGUCAAAUUAAGAUUAAGCAUAAGAUCCUGCUACUUUUUAAUUUAAGAUUUGCAAUCUAUUGUAUUUAAUGAUGAUCUGUUUUGUUUUUGUUUUAUUCCAUUUUUUAGUAUUUAAAUCUUUGUAUUUUAUUGGAUGAAUGGAUGAAAUACGCGGUGUUUAUAGAAACAGAAUGAUUCUAUUUAUACGUCUUAUUCUCAUUCCAUUUUGCUGUGAUUUUGUCCACCGUUUUCAAAUUCUUCAUUUUCGUCGUAUUCCGUUUCUGUCGCUUUGGAUUCUUCGUUUUUCUUUAUAAUUGCUGUGUGUGUAAUUCUGUGAACUCUGAAGGAUUCGACAUGGCUGUUAAUAUCAUCAAUGAUGGAGAUCGAUCGCCUAGAGUUGUACUCAGUGAGCCAACCGGAUCAACAGCGGAGGUGCUCUUGUAUGGAGGUCAGGUUGUUUCUUGGAAGAAUGAAAGGCGAGAAGAGCUACUUUUCAUGAGCAGUAAGGCUGUUUGGAAACCACCAAAAUCCAUAAGAGGUGGCAUACCCAUUUGCUUUCCUCAGGUUGCAAAUUUUGGUGCACUUGAGCAACAUGGAUUUGCAAGGAAUAGGUUAUGGUCAAUAGAUGAAGAUCCUUCACCUUUACCUCCACCCAACAAUCAAUCAAUGGUGGAUCUUGUAUUGAAAUCAACAGAAGAGGAUCUGAAAACAUGGCCUCAUAGAUUUGAGUUGAGGCUGCGUGUGAUUGUUGGUGUUGGGAAGCUUACUUUGAUCCCUCGUGUGAGAAAUGUUGAUAGCAAAGCUUUCUCAUUUUCUAUUGCUCUUCAUAACUACUUUUCUUUAUCAGAUGUCAGUGAAGUACGUGUUGAAGGGUUGGAGACACUUGAUUACUUUGACAAUUUGUUAAUGAGAGAAAGGUAUACAGAGCAAGCAGAUGCAAUUACCUUUGAUGGAGAUAUCGACCGCGUGUACUUAAGCACACCCAACAAAAUUGCGAUAAUCGACCACGAAAGAAAACGAACAAUCGUCCUACGUAAAGAAGGCAUGGUGGAUGCAGUUGUCUGGAACCCUUGGGAUAAAAAGUCAAAGGCGAUUCAAGAUUUGGGCGAUGAAGACUACAAAACAAUGCUAUGUCUUGAUGCCGCAGCCAUUGAAAAUCCAAUAAGUUUAAAACUGAAUCAAGAGUGGAAAGGUCGGCAAGAACUUUCUAUUGUCUCUUCGAGUUAUUUCAGUGGACAGCUCGACCCACGCAAGGUUCUUGGCUCGCGCUAAUUAUAAUAAGUUUUUUUUUUUUUUUUUUUUUUGAAUCGAUUUGUUUGUUUUGGUGCGUAAUAGUACGAUGAUUUGGUGUUGGAAUUGUUUAGAGAGAGAGAGAGAAGGUUUGUUUGGUAAAAGGUGUCGCUUUUUUCUAGACAUCGUUUGAAACUUUUUAGAAUCGGUGUUUGAUUAAGUUAAAAAAAGUAGCAUCUUGUUUGCAA